CAGGGUGUUGGCAAGGGUUAGACCGACGUCACUCUCCUUUACCAGAAGAAAAACAUAAAUGGGAUUCCCCUCCGGUGCGUUGAAAUAGACUGCCGCUGUUCCACUUUCGCUUUACUUCUUCCUUGUCAUCGAGCCAGUGCGUCUGGAUGGCGAGCCGGCAAAACCACGGCGACAGCCCAGCUCCGCAGGGAUCAGAGGAAUUCGAAUGCCCCGUGUGCUUACAAGUCCUGGAGAGACCGGUGCGGACCCAGUGCGGACACGUAUUUUGUGAACGCUGCCACUGCACUAAUUUCACAGUAAAUGGCGGGAAAUGUCCACUGUGCCGUGGGGUGACUUCUCGCAGUGAGCCAUUGGCCACAGACGUCGAGAAGCUGUUGAGGUCCAAGAAAGCUAAAUGCCAAAGUUGUGGCUCUGAGGUGUACUUGAUCUUCAUGAGGAGGCACAUGAAAGCCUGCUCAAAGGACAUGGAAGAUUUUGACCAAUUGACUGACAUCCAUGCUCAGCCCACAGCAAGACAUGCCACGCCCAGUUCCCUUCAACCAAUCGGAUCAACAGAGAUACUGCCAACAUACAGUUGUCCGUAUUGCCAUGCGAGGAAUUAUGAUGAGAUCAGUUUAACUCAACACUGCCUAACAUCUCAUUACUUGGAUCAUCAGCGAGUGGUCUGUCCCAUCUGUGUGUCGAUGCCCUGGGGAGAUCCAAAUUACCAGAGCAGGAACUUCAUUCAGCACCUUUUGCUACGACACCAGUUCAGUUAUGAUUUCUUUGUGGACUACAGUCAAGAUGAGGAAACCAUGUUGCAAGGUGCCAUAUUGAAUUCAUUUCAGGACGUCUUUAGAAUUCAAGAUCAGUAAUCGCUUCCAGUGUGAGAUAGGUCACCUGGAAAAAGAAUCUUCCAUCCCAAGAUCACUGCUAUAUACCAUCCAAUCUCUACAGGGGGGUGGCCAGACUUUUACUUUCUUUAAUGAGACUUUCAACAAACAUAUUUUGUCUUCUUUUGAUUUCUUCCCUUUUCUUAAUCACAUAUUCUUUCCAUGACUUAGACCCAAGCACUAGCUUCAGUUUUCUUUCUAUUUCAGUCUGAUUUUGUGUUUUAUAGUGUCUAUUAAGAUCAUGUCUUCUAUUAUGUGAGAAAGGGUUUUCACAAACAAUGCACAACGGUUUGCCUGACGGACCCGCUAUAAAUAAUAACUCAUUUUCCCACUGUUCAUUGAAUUCACGCUACUAUCACUUUCUGCUUUUCUUUUGCUCAUUUUCUUUUGCACUGUGAUGGGUAACUAAAUGUAAAAAUAAGGCUUAAUUUUCAAAAAAGUACCAAACUGCAAAUGUUCACAAAGUGCGAACAAGGCACAACUCCAUAGCACACGAGUGUCAAUCGUAAACUGACUGGCAAAAACCUGUGAUGCACCGCUGGUGCAGACACCUGGCGUCUCAGGAUCAAACGUGUAUUGAACAGUUAUGGAACGACUGCAGAACAAAAGUCCUUCUUUCCUAGCUUGACUCAUUGAACAUCUUUUAAAAAUUGAAAACAGAUUAAUGUGAAAGAAGUUAGCAUUCGCCAAAAGAUGUGCACGAAAUAAUAAAAUCGCUAAAAAUAAUUGCUAAGUUUUAGAUUUAUUCUCAGUAAAGCUACUUGAAUUCCUGUUAUAGAUUUUUUCUUCUACAACUUGGUUUUUGGUUAAUACUUCUUGCAUGAGUAGGCUUACUUUUUUAUUAUUAUCACUGGGGUGCAAUGUGCCACUUCUAAUCAUCCAAUACACCAUAGGUUGACCAUCCCUGCUCUACAGGCUUCUAACAGUGUCGUUAUAUAAUUCAAAACACAGACUGCUGAUCAAUUUCCUCUCCACGUGUAAAGACUUUGCAAUAACCAUUUUGGGUAUAACUAGGCAAAAAAAUUGUCCGAUUUUGAAUAACUAAUCCCUCUUGAUGAUUGUCUUUAUGGAUUUAGGUUUCAAUUCCAAAAGUGUUGUAGAUUUGGUAAAUAAUUUCUUCAACAUUUAAUAAAAUUCAUCUAAUUAUAA